AUGAGGAUUCCAUCUUCCAGAUGGGAUGGCUUAAAAUAUCAGUACACAGAGACCUAUUAUUAUUCGAAAUCAGCGCUGCCCCUAUUUCUCCCGGUUCAGUUGUUUGGCAUGACUAAGUUUCCAGACAGGGAAGAGAACCCUAGUGAUCUUGCAAUUCUCUAUUUUACCAAUGAUUUUUUUCCGCAUUGUGAUGGUCUUCAGUUCUGUUCAAGAAUUUCUGAUGGUGAGGCCAUUCAUCUUCUUGAUCUCAUGCACAAAAGCUGGUGUUAUUCAUUUGCUGCAACACUUCCUGAAAUCAAGGAUUUAUAUGAUAAUCCCCCAUUUGAGUUCAUAAAAUCCACCUUGGGGCUACAACUAAGAGUAAUUAAGUUUGAGAAGGCUGAGAAAAGUAUAUCAUGGCUCCGCAUUACGUUCAAAAAUGGGGUAAUAAAAAUCCCUCCUUUUCCUGUUGGAGAUGUUACAGAAACUUUCUUCAGAAAUUUAGUGGCAUACGAAGAAUACAUUCUUACCGACUAUGAGGAUUACAGAUGUGUAACUGAUUGUGUAACAUUCAUGGACUUCCUAAUUGAUUCUGACGGGGAUGUUGAAAAGCAUCGCCACAGAUGGAUUGUAAGAAAUUGGAUAGGUGAUGAUGCAGCUGUCUCUACCAUGUUUAGCAAACUUGCCUAG